AUACAUUUCCUUCGUUCUGUAUCUCUCACAGACUCUGGCUUUACUUCCCUCUCCAUCCCUCUGUCUUGCCCCUAAAAACAAUGAAAUGAAGCAGGGUGACAGACAUUUAAGGCAGAAUUCCGAUUAUUUCUCCCAAGUACAUAAAUAUAAAGUGUAUCGUUAAAGAGAGAAGCUCUCGGAUUUCCCAAACCGUCACCGUUUCUUUUCCCAGCCUGAGAUAAAAGGGCCAAAGGGAUUCGUCUGCUCAGACUCUCUGUGAUUGGCCACUAGAAAGAAGGUCAUGGAAACGCCACCCUCCGAUUGGCUCUCGGAUUUUAUCUGUAUACACCGAUUGGUGCAGAAUGUCUUCUGUGAAGGCUUCUCGUGUUUGAGAGGGGGAUUAGACUUCAAGAUUGGACACAGUCCUGGAGAAAUGCAGCUGUUCUACAGAGAGAAAGAGAAUGAGGUGCAGGCAUGAAGCGGUGUGAGAGAGAGACUGUGAGAUACAGGGAGAAAGUCAGAAGGAGGACAGAGAAAGACUAAGACAAUUAGAGUGGUGGUGGCAAGACGGUGAGCGAUAUGAACAAACUGGGAGACGCCAAGAGAAAGCAGAAGGAGAAACAGAUAGACAGACAGACAGACAGACAGAAACCAAGAGACCCAAAAAGAAUGUGCCUGAAGCAGGGAAAAGACUGAGAGAAGGACAGAAGGACACAGAGCUGAGAAAGUGAGAGAGAAGAGAAAGUUAGACGCAAGCAGGAAAGCUCGUGACCACCGGUGACAUAGAGAGAGAGACAGUAGCAGGAAAUUUAGGAGAUGGACAAAAAACUGGAGAGAGAAAUUCAGAAACAAGGAGAGAGACAGAAAGAGGGAAGGCAUGUAAGACAGAAAGAGAAAUAAAAAAAAGUUGAUGGAGGGAGAAGAAGCAUGGUGAGAGAAAGGCACGUGUGAGAGUGAACGAGUGAAGCUGAGAGAUAGAGAGGGAUGGUAGUGAUAGACUGAGUAAGAGAGACAGACAGUUGUGGUGAAUGGGGAUCUCUCUCUCUCUCUCUCUCUCUCUCUCUCUCUCUCUCUCUCUCUCUCUCUCUGACCCCUCCCACUCUACAGAGUGUAGAGCUGAAGAUCAGCAGUUUGUCUUCUAACACCUCAGUGUGUCUCCAUGUUUCCAGCUGUGUCUCAUGCAUUUGGACACUUCACACACACACACACACACACACACACAUUUCCUUGCGGCUUCACACAUCUUCUGAGCGACAUGGAGUCCACGUUUUGGCUGAAGACGACCUCUGUUGGCUUUUCUACUAAACCCACAACCGUUCUCCAGAUCUUUUCUUCUAAACGAAUCGACCUCCAGUUUCGCCAGUGACAUUUUCGGCUUCUUAUCUCUGUCGCUGUGGACUUUUACUUAUUAAAAAAAACAACCGUUCAUUCUCCAAAGGUUUGGACAGACAGGAUGGGAUUUGUGGGUAGGUCCUGAGUGUAGCGAGUCGAGCGCACGCAGAGACACAAUCUGCCGCGUGUUUUGGGGUUUGAGGAGCGAACAUGGACAUGAUGACUGCGUGUUGGAGGGGACAGGAGGAGCAGGCUGCCAAAGCAAAGGCGGAAAAAAUUCGUGUGGCUCUGGAGAAAAUUAAAGAAGCGCAGGUCAAAAAGCUGGUGAUCCGUGUGCACAUGUCGGACGAAAGCUCGAAGACGAUGAUGGUAGACGAGCGGCAGAGUGUUAGGCAGGUGCUGGACAGCCUGCUGGAUAAGUCCCACUGUGGAUACAGUCCCGACUGGGCUCUGGUGGAGACCAUCACCGAGCUACAGAUGGAGCGUAUUUUUGAGGACCAUGAGAACCUGGUGGAGAACCUGCUUAACUGGACCAGAGACAGCCAGAACAAGCUCAUGUUCAUCGAGCGUAUUGAGAAGUAUGCACUCUUCAAGAACCCACAGAAUUACCUGCUGGGGAAAAAAGAGACAUCUGAGAUGGCUGAUAGAAACAAGGAGGCACUGCUGGAGGAGUGUUUUUGUGGUGGCUCCGUAUCAGUGCCUGAGAUUGAAGGAGUGCUCUGGCUAAAGGAUGAUGGGAAAAAGUCAUGGAAGAAGCGAUACUUCUUACUACGCGCAUCUGGGAUUUACUUUGUGCCGAAGGGCAAAGCUAAGGCCUCUAAAGACUUGGUGUGCUUUCUGCAACUGGAUCAUGUGAAUGUUUAUUAUGGACAAAACUACCGGAGCAAGUAUAAAGCCCCCACUGACUACUGCCUUGCCCUUAAGCAUCCACAGAUUCAGAAGAAGUCUCAGUACAUCAAGUAUCUGUGCUGUGAUGAUAUCAGGACCCUGCACCAGUGGGUUAACGGGAUCCGGAUUGCUAAGUAUGGGAAGCAGCUGUACCUGAACUAUCAGGAAGCUAUGAAACGCACCGAAGCCGCCUACGACUGGUCCUCUCUUUCCAGCUCCAGCAUCAAGUCUGGCACCAGCUCAGUCAGCAACCCUGAGUCACAGUCCAACCAUUCGAGUCAUACAGACAGUGGGGUGUCAGAUGGCACCUCGUCCACACAUGCACGCUCGCAGAGUGUUGUCAGCUCCAUCUUCUCCGAAGCCUGGAAGAGAGGCACGCAGAUGGAGGAGAGUACCAGAACAAGACCAGAGUCAACACGUUCAAGCCACUCUAUCCACGGUGUCCAUGGUGGCCACUCCAGCCAUGCUCACUUUAACACACUCCAUUUGGCACAGCAGCAGCAUACAACUGCCUCAGUACAUUUACAGCAGCAAGUGCAGCCUCAGUCAAAUUCCGUGCCACACCCACAUGUGCAUCCAGCCUCACAUCCUUUUGGUAGUGUUACUCAAGCUUCAGUUCAAGCUCCCGUCCCAGCUCCCGUCCCGCCUGCUCUAGCUCCUCCUCAGCACUCUCCAUCUCCACCCAAGAUCUUUCCAGUUGCACUCCAGUCCUCCAGUCCAGUUCUGUCCCAGCCCUCUCUUUCUCCAUCCAAACUUUCACCAGUUCUGCCCUUGCCCUCUCCAGUUCUGGCCCAAACCUCUCCGGCACCUCCACCACCACCACCGCCUCCGCCACCCCCUCCUCCUGUCUGUGUCCAUCACUACUCGGGUCCUCAUAUUUUUGCCAAAUAUAGCACCAUCAACCGCCUGAAGAAUGCCUCUCAGGCUGCUAAGCCACACCCUCAAGCACAGCAGGUACUUCCAGUACCAUCCUCUCAACCUUUGAAGCCUCUCAUCAACAAUAUACCACCAGGAGCAAAUGUACCACCCCCACCACCUCCUCCUCCACCAGCAACCAUGCCUGCUCCAGGUUCAGCCAUGGCUGUACUGAAACUUGGUCCCCCAAGCCCAGCCACUCAGCCACUGUUUACCCCACCAUCCCCACCACUGCCGUCUCCACCUCCAGCAUCCAUCAAAUUCCAACAUAUUCCACCUCCAACAACAACCCAGUCCCAACCUCUACCCCCACCUCCACCUCAAGUACCCAUCCAGUCUCACCCUCUACCCCCACCUCCACCUCAAGUACCCAUCCAGUCCUACCCUCUACCCCCACCUCCACCUCCAGCACCUAUCCAAUCCCACACUUUUCCCCCACCUCCAGCACCUGUCCAAUCCCACUCUUUUCCCCCACCUCCAGCACCUAUUCAAUCCCACUCUUUUCCCCCACCUCCAGCACCUGUCCAAUCCCACUUUUUUCCCCCACCUCCACCUUCAGCAACUAUUCAACCUCACGCUUUUCCCUCUCCUCCAGCACCUAUCCAGUGUCAUCCUUUACCACCUCCACCACCACCACCUCCAGCACCUAUCCAAUCCCACCCUCUUGCUCCGCUUCCAGUAUCUAUCCAUUCCCAGCCUUUUCCUCCACCUCCACCACCAGCCCCUUUGCAAUCUGAAGCGUUUCCGCCUCCCCCACCUCCAAUGCAAGCCAACAGCCUGCCUCCUCCACCACAAACAGCCCCACCUCCAUUAACUUGCAAUGGCCUCAAACACAUUCUGGCCCAGAAGUUCCCUAAAGUACCCAGGGAUGUGUCUCCUCCAGGCUGUCAAACUCAUUCACCACCACCUCCUCCACCUCCUCCACCACCACCACCUCCCACUCCUCCCGCCCCUCCUCUCCCACCUCAGCAGCCUUUUGCGACAGCACCACCACCACCCCCUCCACCACCCCCACCAUCUGCCCCAGGGCCACCUCGGGCAUUGCCUAAAACUUUCGUUGGAGGAUUUCCACCCCAGACUUCACCGAAACCAUCAGGUGUUUCCAUGCAGAUGUCUCCAGUUGCUUCUCUUCUAACAGGUCCUCCACCACCUCCUCCACCACCUCCACCCCCACCUGCAUCUGUAAAAAUGCAUGCACCAGCUACAUUGCCCAAACAGCAGAGCAUCACUAAGACGAUGCCCCAUUUGAACCAGACCUCCACUACAUCAUCUUUAGUCAAACAGAUUGCCAGCCAGUUUCCGGGUGCUGUUCCCAUAGUGGCCAACCAUGUAGAGGGUCACAAACCCCCGCUAUCAGCACCUGCAGUUAAGACUAAACCAAAAUGGCAACCUGGAGGACAAGUUCAGCAACAGCAGCGUUCACCUGAGUUUCCACCACCACCUUCAGAUACUACACUUACUUUUCCGCCACCACCACCCCCAUGUCCACCUCCACCAGGUCCAGCACCACCACCUCCACCACCACUUCCCCCUGCACAGUUAAGUUCUGCAGUGAAGGCUCCCUCUGGAUACUAUGGAGGUAGCAAGAAGCCUCCCCCUACCCCUCUACGCAACUCCAGUGUCAAGUCCGAUGAAUACCAGGAGUCCAUCCGAAAUCUAGUGGGCAAGUUCAAUCCCAGCUCAGUGUCUUCUGCUUCAUUGUCUUCUGGUUCUCCUUCCAAGGACUCCUAUGCUGGACCACCUGCACCACCUAAACCUGGCAAGCUUAACUUGGCCAACUUACCACUGGCUUUGCAGAACAGAGUAAGUCAAAACCAGCAGAGCAACACACAUUGUCCCUCCCAUGCCAAAACUGAGAAUAAUAGCUUUCCUCCUCCUCCUCCUCCUCCUCCUCCUCCUCCUCCACCACACAUAUCUAAUCUCCCACCUCCACCACCAUUACCAGGGACCCCAAAAGUAGCUGUGGUGAACCCCCAGCCCCAGCCUGCUUGGAGCAAGAACUCCCUGAAGAAGACAGCACCUGCUACAUCUAUACGGCGCAACAAUACAACUCCUGAGCCUCCACCACCAUGCCCACCUCUGCAGGGAGCAGCACCUCCAACUUCUCCAAAAGGAAGUACUCAACCAAACUUUCUAGAGGACUUGCACCGGACACUGAGGCGCAAGUCUUUGAGAAACUCUGCAGCCAAGAUGGACCCUGUGGCCACCAUGGAUGACAUGGUACUGCCUCCACCUCCUCCAGAGCUUCUUGACCAGCAGAGACUUAGCGGGAGUGGAUAUAUGUCCAAUAACAUCUCUGGCUAUGCAACAAUAAGGCGAGGCCCACCGCCUGCCCCACCUAAACGGGACAACAGCACCAAAUUGACAAACUGAGAGUACUGGACUACCCUUGGAUGUUCCUUAUAGAUUCCACAUACAGGGAUGUGGAUAAAUAGCAAUCAGUAUAACUGGCUUUUAAACAAUAUUUGACUGCGGAUGAGGGAGCAAAUUACUCUCAGCUUUAAUAUGCAUUGGUGCACCCUCUAUCGAAUUCAUUUUCAAACUAUGACAUGAAGGAAAUCUCUGCAACAUACUGGUACUGCAUGGACAUAAAAGUGAAAUUAUAUCAAGAAUACAAAAGCUGGUUUGUUUUUGGGUGGUUGAAUGUCAGGAAUUAUAGCUAAAUCACAGGAAGGAUUCAUUUUGCCUUUGUUUUUUAUAUAAAUUUAUUUAAAUAUAUGAAGACUUUUUUUAUUUUAGGAUGAAGUUGUUAAGGAGGUUGACCAUGAUUGAGAAAGUAGUAAAUGUUGUGUUUUUGAAUGUGCUUAGCAUUCUUUAGGGGUGCUUGCGUAUUUUCAAGAAUGUUAGUGGAACCUCUUUCAGUGAUAUUAGUAGCAAACAGAAAACAGUCUAAAAAAUUGAGAGAACAGUUGAGAGAAAUUAUUUGGGUGGAAAAAAAUAUCAAAAUAAGCCUGUCAUAUAAAUGAAGAGACUUGUGAGAUAUUUUGAACUUGUCUGAAUGAUCUACUAAUUCACAUAAAUUCAGUAUUUUACUGUACAGUAUCGCCUGCUUUAAUCAUCUGUUUCUGGUCACGCCGUCUUAUGUCAAGAAUUCAGGCAUCCUACUUCAACCGGCUUGGUGUGUGUCGUUCAUGUCCUGUAACUUGGGAACAAUGUCCUACCUGAAGGCUACUUAUGGUCUCAUCCUUUAGCAGGGAGCAGUCAGUGAACAGUACUUUUUGUACAGGCAUGUCAAAAUUGUUUUAAUGUUUUGGUUAAAUUACCAGUGGGAUUUUUUUUUCGAGUGUCCUUAUUACAACAUCUCUGCUGAAUAAUGAUACUCAGAACUGGCUAACAACAUAAAAUCAGACAACACAAUAGCUCUAACUGAGCAGCAAAUGACUAUGCCAUAUAUGUAUAAACAUGUAUUACCCUACAGAACCAUGUAUUCCACUUGGAAGGACAUCUGUGUUUUUGAAGGCUGAAUAUUCAACAAUAUGUUUCUUUUUAAGUUUUUUGAUGAUGUAAACAUUAAAUUAUUAAAGUUAA